AUGGGCGACCAGCUGCGGCGACGAGGUCGGGGAAGCGGCAGGGGCUUGGCCUUGACCAGCUUUUCUUCCUCCACAGGGGAAGAGGCUGCUGGGGGUGACAGGCUCAUCCAUGAGCGGGACCUGGCCUGGCUGCAGGAGGCAGAUGUGGUGGUGGCAGAAGUGACCCAGCCAUCGUUGGGUGUGGGCUAUGAGCUGGGCCGGGCCGUGGCCCUCAAUAAGCGGAUCCUGUGCCUCUUCCGUCCGCAGUCUGGCCGAGUGCUUUCAGCCAUGAUCCGGGGAGCAGCAGACGGCUCGAGGUUCCAGGUGUUGGACUACGAGGAGGGCCAGGUGGAGGCCAUGCUGGAUCGAUACUUUGAGGGUGACCCUUCCUAGCAGAUGGCUGCCUCCCCUGACCCAACUGCUUGAUUUAACCCCACUUUGUUAAUUCUUCUAAUCCCAGACUCUGCUCUAGUACCCUUCCUACCUCUUAGCCCCACUACCAGAUUAAAAGGUAUGUUUAAAAUUCUA